CACGGCGAAGACGCACUAGCUACACCACCUCUGGAUCACCCAGAUCGAGCAGUAGACAUAUACUGGAACUACUCCGUUGGCUAAAGAUUUGAGCGGAUAGGAGACCUUGGAGACCUUCAAAAAGCCAUCAAGCACGCCGAAGACGCACUAGCUGGUACUCCUCCAGAUCACCCCCACCGUGUGAUCAUGUGUACUAGCUUGGCUACAUCUUCACAAUCAAGAUUCUUACAGCUAAAGUCCCCCGAGGACUUCAAAAAAUGCCUUAGCCUAUACCAUGAGGCAUUCCAAUGCUGCACUUCACCGCCCAGGAGGCGCAUUCGGGCGGCUCGCCGCGCAGCUACUUUACUCUAUUCAGCUAGAAUGUUUCCCGAAUCAAGUUCCAUACUCGAGGAUGCAGUUAACUUGAUGCCAUACGUUGAUCUCCGAUUCCUAACGCGUGAUGACCAACAGCACAUACUCUCUCAAAUUUCCGGUCUUGCGUCCCAUGCCUCUUCCAUGGCUCUUCAGGCUGGGAGAGAAGCCUACCAUGGUCUUAAGUUGCUAGAGCUUGGACGUGGAAUUAUAAUGGGCUUUUCAAUCGACGCAAGAUCUGAAGCUUCCGAUCUUAAAACCGACCACCCGCUCGUGUUCGACCAAUUUAACAGUCUCCGGGUUGAGAUUGACUCAGAACUAGAUGGUACCAAUUGUGCAAGUGAUGAAACGCCUGAACUAUGCCAAACACGUGCGAUAUCCAGGCGCUAUGAGGCUGUUAAUGAGAUGGAGCAAAUUCUAAAACACAUCCGCAGUUUACCCGGCUACGACGGAUUCCUGCUCCCCCCUCCUCGCGACGCGCUAAUGAAAAUGGCAACAAAUGGUCCUAUCGUUGUCUUUAAUAGCACAUUUUAUAGGAGCGAUGCCAUAAUUGUCACCACCUCCGCUAUAACUUCAUUAGAACUUACGGAAUUGAGCUAUGCCGACACAGUAAGCCGCAUGAACCAAUUGGCUAGUUUUGGAGGUGGAUCCUUUCUUAAGCGGCGUCAGGAUACCAAAGGGAUGAUAGACCUCCUCCGUUGGUUAUGGAAAGCAGCAGUAGGGCCUGUUUUUGCCUACCUCGAAGGCAGUGGGGCCAUGAUCAGAGAUGCUGUUCAUGAAAACAAUUUGAAGCGGAUUUGGUGGAUUGGGGUUGGUCAAUUAAGUAUGGCACCUUUCCAUGCGGCCGGGGACCAUUCACCAGGAUCGACCCGUAACACAAUAAGUCGAGCCAUCUCAACAUAUAUCCCAACAAUCAAAGCCCUCUCCUAUGCACGCCAAAAG